AUGAACGAAGAGAUAGGAGAAGAAGAGGAGUUAAGGUUGGAGGAGGUAAGAGAGGCGGUGAGGAAGUUGAAAGAAAGAAAGGCAAUGGGAGUGGACGGGAUCCCGAAUGAAACAUGGAGAUUUGGAGGAGAGAGGACGGUGGUAUUAGCGUGGGAAAUAUGCAGAAGAGUAUGGAGAGGAUGGCCGCAGGGUUGGAAGGAAGAGAUAACAGUGCCGAUUGUAAAGAAGGGAACUGGUUUAAAGGUAGAGGAAUAUAGGGGAGUUACACUGAUGCCAACGCUGUACAAGGUGUACGCAUCGGUGCUAGCUAGGAGAUUGGAGAAGGAAGUAGAGGAGAAAAGAAUGGUACCAGAGAAUCAACCCUAA